GUCAGCACUCUGUAGGUGCCUUACAAAUAUUAUGUAUAUUCUUCACUCAGAGUAGGCAUAGAUGAGAAAACGGGGGCUCAGGAAAGUGAAAUAAUUCACAUAAGUUCCCAUAGCUCAUAAGUAGACACCCUUUUUAAAAAACCUUUUUAAAAAGGAGAAGCCCUUUUUAAAAAAAAUUUCUCAUUUGGUGCUGUUUUGAAAAGAUGAUGUAGGAAAGACCAUUUUAAGGGGGAAGGGAAAGGCUCAAGUCAGACAAGACUCACAUAGAUGAAAGCCUCUUGCAAGAAAGAGUAGGUGUAUGGCACAAGAGAACCAAAUAUAGCAGUUGUCACUUUGGUACUAGAAAGGGUUAGACAACCCAUCCAAUGUCCCAACCUGAUGCAUCUUAAUUUCUGAAUUUAAAAAUACUGGACCCAAUUGGCAAGCAUUUGUAUACCAUAGUCUUCUGUCUCCAAAACAUGAUUUUUUCUCACAUCAUCCAUACCUAACAUUACUCCUUAUACGAUGUUGGUAAAAAACAAAACAAAACAAAGCAAAACAAAACCUGUAGAAGCAAUGUAGACCCUUAUUUAGGAAGGAAAAAGAUAUAUAAAUGAUUCAUCCAUAAAUUGACAUAGAAUCGGUCAGUGCUUUCCUUUAACCUUUAGUUUUAAUAUGGCUUUAACCUUUAGUUUUAGGUUUAGCUAUGCCUUCCAGUGACUCUAAUGAAAAGGAAGCUGUAAAUGGAUUUGAGUUAAUUUCUUGCAAGAAGUGAGUAUCUGGCACAGAAAAGUCAUUUCUUCGAUACAAAGGGUGGAAAGAACAAAUUAAAGACUAUAUUUUAAUAACCAAAUUAAUUAAAAUGAAUUGUCAGAUUUAAGCUUUAAUACCUCAGAGGCACUGAUAUUGCCUGUUUCUGAAAUGAGAUGGCAGAUUCAAAAAAAAAAAGAAAGAAAAGAAAAAACGGCUCUCUAUAUUGAAAACUCUCCUAACCCACUCCUUUUAAUUGUGAAGUUAUGAUAUAAUUUACAGGGUAAAAUAGAAAUGUAUCUCUCAAGGAUAUUGUAAAAACAUACUUAACAUUUUGUCACUUAUGGAGCUUCAGGCAGAAGGAUUUUUCUUUUCUCUAUAAACAAGUAACAUUUAGAAAAUGACAAUAUUUAUUAAGUUCUUUGGAGUGUUAUAGGUUGUACAAACCAGCCCCAUCCGUGGCUCCUUUUUCUUUCCUGCAGUGGUUUAGCUGCUUAACUACAGUAAUUCAAAAGAGCACCAGUUGGUUUAUCAUUGAUAUUCUGGUUUUUCCUUUCAUACUGAUCACCUAGUCAAAGCAGCAGCACUUAGAUAUGUAGCUGUUCCUGUUGAACUUUGGCUUCUCCCUGAAGGAGCAGAAGUGGAGAUGAGGAGCCCCAGAAGUAAUUUCUCUGGGCUACUGGCUGCAGGAUCCAGAGUGGCUAGGGUCUUUUGCAGGGGCUGGAGGCACAUGUAGACAUCUUAUUAAGAGCAAGCGGGAGGUGGAGUGCAGCCCCAGGUUAUGCCAACUCAAGUCCCUCACCCAGCUUUUCAUUUCAUUUCCCAGCUCCCAGCUCCAAAGAAUUAAUGAUGUAAUAGUGGGAGGUUGGUGACAUGUUGAGGGCUGCAAUGAUUUGUGUAUUCUUUAUUUAGGAGUCUUAUUCUGACUGCAUCUGUAUGAAAAUUAUGGAGAGGGUAGAAUCAUGAUUCUUCAUGUCAACAAAAUGUGGUAUCAGUUCAGGAAAAAAAAAGCCAAGCCAUAGAGUGAAAAGUAAAAUAACCAGAUUCUGCUGUUUUCUUCUGACCUUGAAAAAGACAUAUAACUUCUCUGCAGGUCUCCUUCCUGGAUCUGAGAUGCCGGUGGGUCCUUUCAAGUUCCCUCUCUGCUAGUUAAAUUGGAGUGGUGAGGGAUUUUAUGCUUGAAUGCAGGAAAAUGCCCUCUGCCAUCUGAAACUGUGUUCACGAGGAAGGACUUUGGUAGGCAUCACCCUUUCAUUAAGGGGUGAGUGUGACACCCAGUGUGUUUUGCUGAAGGAACACAAUCUGCAAAUAGAAGAAAGUUUCUUUCCUUUGCAGGCCAGGAGAGGCAGCCAUGGACUGUGCAUUCCUUCCCUGCCUGUCUAUUCCUCCCUCACAGAGCCCACCGUUUGGUACCCUUUCUCCUCUGACCACCCUUGAUGAGAAAGGAAAGUGAGUCCAAAGAGGCCAGUGCUUCCUACUAAACUUGUGAAGUCCAGUUUCACUCUUUGGAAAGGUCCAGCACUUGUGAGCUCAGUUGUUACUGCUUCAGUCAGCCAUGUCCUUCAGUGCCACCAUUCUCUUCUCCCCACCCAGUGGCAGUGAGGGCAAAUGCUGUUGCUGUGCCUGCAAGAGCGAGACCAGUGGUGGCAGUGCGGGCUCUCAGGGUGGGAAUCCUCCCCCCAGCACCCCGAUCACAGUGACAGGACAUGGCCUGGUAGUUCAGAGUUCAGAGCAGCUCCUGCAUAUUAUCUACCAGAGGGUCGAUAAGGCCGUGGGCCUGGCUGAGGCUGCUCUGGGUCUUGCCCGGGCCAACAAUGAGCUGUUAAAGCAUCUCCAGGAGGAAGUAGGUGAGCUAAGGCAAGGGAAGGUGUCCACCCUUGAUGAAGAUGGAGACGGCAUGGCACACAGUUCCCCACCUGAGGAGACUGGGCCUCUCAAGGAGAGUCCUGGGGAAGCAUGCAAGGCUUUGUCUGCUGUGGAAGAGGAGUGUGACAGCGUGGGCAGUGGCGUGCAGGUGGUGAUCGAGGAGCUGCGGCAGCUGGGAGCAGCCUCAGCAGUGGGGCCUGGGCCUUUAGGCUUCCCAGCCACUCAGAGGGACAUGCGGCUCCCAGGAUGCACCCUGGCUGCCAGCGAAGGGGCCCCGCUGCUCAAUCCGCUGGUGGAUGAUUAUGUGGCCUCUGAGGGUGCAGUUCAGCGCAUGCUGGUCCCUGCUUAUGCCAAACAGCUUUCACCAGCUGCACAACUGGCUAUCCAGCGCACAACCUCAGACACAGGGCCAGAAAAUGGAACCAAGCUGCUACCGUCUCGCCCUGAGGAUGCACUCAGCGCUGCUGCUGUGCUGGACAGUGCCUUGGAAGAGUCAGGCCCUGGAGGCACUGGAGAGCUGAGACACUCGCUAGGGUUUACUUCUUCUCCAUGUAGGACCAGAGGGAGUGGGCAGAAGAAUUCCAGGCGCAAGCGGGAUCUGGUACUCUCUAAAUUGGUCCAUAAUGUGCAUAACCACAUCACCAAUGACAAGAGAUUCAAUGGGUCUGAAAGCAUCAAGUCCUCAUGGAAUAUUUCAGUAGUGAAAUUCCUUCUGGAAAAGCUCAAGCAGGAGCUGGUGACCAGUCCCCACAAUUACACUGAUAAGGAGCUAAAAGGAGCCUGUGUGGCCUACUUCCUUACUAAGAGGCGUGAGUACCGCAACUCUCUGAACCCUUUUAAAGGCCUGAAGGAAAAAGAAGAGAAGAAACUUCGAAGUCGCCGAUACCGGCUUUUUGCCAACCGAUCCAGUAUCAUGAGGCACUUUGGACCUGAGGACCAACUCCUGUGGAAGGAUGUGACAGAAGAGCUGAUGUCAGAUGAAGAGGACAGUCUUAACGAGCCAGGUGUCUGGGUGGCCCGCCCUCCCCGUUUCCGGGCCCAGCGCCUCACAGAGCUCUGCUAUCACCUGGAUGCUAACUCUAAGCAUGGCACCAAAGCUAAUCGUGUGUAUGGGCCUCCCUCAGACAGAUUACCUUCUGCGGAGGUCCAGCUGCUUCCACCAGAACUUUACAAUCCUAAUUUCCAAGAAGAGGAAGAUGAUGGAGGUGAUGAGAAUGGACCUGUGUCCCCAUCUUUUGACCAAUCCCACAAAACCUUCUGUCCUGACUUGAACUCAUUCAUUGAAAUCAAGGUGGAAAAGGAUGAGUGAAAUCUAUAGCCAAGAAUAACUCGGGCUUCUGCCACUCCCCCAUAUCCCAGAAAUGGGCAGUGUGGGGCUUCCCAGAAUAAUGAAAUGCCCUCUGCAGUCUGA